CAAUAUGUCGUCCUCGUCGACGCCCUUGUGGCUCGGGUCUGCGUCGGUCGCCUUGUGCGGUGGCCUCGCCUACAUCAACCCACGACUCGGGUGGAUUGGCUUGUUUGCCACGAUGUUUUGGGCGAUUCGUGCGACGGUUCCAGCGCUGUCAACCAAGUACGUGGCAUGGUAUCGUGAGAGGUCGCCGCAAGAUAUCAACGACAAGCUCCUCUGGUGCAACACAACCGUCUCUCUAGUGCACUCAGCCAUGUCGGCAGCACUUAGUCUUGCUGUCCUGGCGAUGGACCCGGUACACGAUUGGGUGCACUCGUGCUCGCCACUGGCCGUCAUCUGUCUUUCGCUGUCCACGGGGUACUUCAUCUACGACUUUUACGACAUGGUCGUGGGGAAUCUAUACGUUCGCGCCCACGGCAUCCUCGUGCACCACAUCAUGGUCACGUUGUGCUACGUCCUUGCGCUCCAUUACAAGGUCGCCGUGCCGUACCUCGUCGUGAUGCUUCUUCUCGAGAUCAACUCGGUUUGGUUGCACGCGCGUAAGCUCCUGUCGAUGGUCGGGUUCACCCUUCGCAAUCGAGUAUACGCCAUGUCGUGGCACGCCCUUUGGCUAACCUUCUACACAACCCGCGUCUUGCUGCCGUUAGCCGUGCAUGUCGGGGUGACCCUAGAUCGGCACCGCUUUCCGCACGCGAUUCAAUUCGCAGUUGCGUUUGGAGGCACGGGGGUUCUCCACGUCUUAAACUACUUGGUGUAUGUUGGGUGCAACAAGGCGUACAGCAAAGAGAAGAAGCAGCUUAAGGUGGCGUAGGCCAUAAUCGUCCCAUGUCCCUGUCGGGACCUCGACGGCAUUUCAUAUUGGCCCAAGCCAAUCCACCGUCAUGAUUCGCCCCAUCACAACGUCUGCCUUUAAAGCGAACGAAUACAUUCCGCUCAGCAUACUGCCUCGAGUCGAGCCAUGUCCAGGCUGUUCGUCGUACUCUGAUUGUCUCGUUUCUGAGACUGUCAUUUAUUCAUGUCCUCGUCGAAAGGACCAGAGAAUCGCUUGACUGGC